CUACUAUCUUCGUUGAGCUCAUCUAUAAUGAGCUAUAACGAUGAUUCUGAGCUGAUCGGACUUGGUCGAGUUGGACGCGUGAUGCGCAUCGGAGACAUUGCAGUCAAAACGGCCAAUGUUUGGACUGUCCCUAAAAAUGCGUCCGAAGCGACGAUUAUCAGCUACGAGCAAACGACUGAGCUAAACAAGCAAUCUCUAAAACAUGAAGGACAUGUGUAUAGCCAUCUUGGACAUGUCGCAGGAGUAAUAAAGCCCUAUCACAUCUCCGACACCGAGAUUCGAAUGCCGUACCUACGCCAGGGUUCACUGAGCCGCUAUCUACGUACUCACCAUGCUAGCGUGGACAACAGUCGACGCCUACAAUGGCUCCAAGAAGCUGCACAUAUCAUCCAUAAAGUCCACGAGCGGCGAGUAUUGGUAGUCGAUAUUGCGACACGCAAUUUCCUGCUUGAUGAGGAUCUUUCUCUCCACAUGUGCGAUUUUACUGAAUCUACUAUCGUCGCGGAUGAUGAGGACAUGGCAGAUUUUGUUUCUGAAGACUUCGCUUCAGUCAAAUCCGACAUUGCGCGUUUUGGCUCGAUGAUGUACGAAGUUAUCUCUGGAAAGCAAUUUGAAUUCUACGUUAUACCCGACAUCGAGACCGACCUAGAUGAAGAUCCAGAGUCGAAGACAUAUAUAACCUGGCCGACCGACGACAAACUCCCAAAUACGAACCCAUUGUUUCUUGGGGAUAUCAUCAAGCGAUGCUGGACCAAGGAAGGAUUCCUCAUGAUGCAGGAAGUUUGCCACGCCCUAGAUAAUUCCGGUCACAAAAAGCCAACGGAUAUUCUUAGGGAAGGUUAGCCGCCUGGCAUCGCAUCGCAUCGCAUCGCACUGCAUUCUCCUCCCGUAGUUAUCUACCAUAGGGCGUGAAUAGGCGCGCGCGAGAGAAAACGCGGGGGCGUAUCCUGAACAUGGCUAUUCAGGGUACAUCCGAUAUAAAUAGCAUCCAACGGCG